CGGUGGAAUAGGUAAGCCACGCUUAAUAUUUCCUCUCUGUAUCGGGUGAUUUCACUGUAGGAUUAUACAAACAGCAUUGAGGAACCCGUGCAGUGAAUAUCAGAAGUUUCACACAUUCUUUUCCCUUUGUUGGCUGCAAUUGCUUCGCGUUCGAGGUCUCGUGUGCAAGUAUUUAGAAAUAGCGACAGCCAGAGAGGGUAAAUCGAAAAAUGGUCUCGAUGGGCACGCUACCCUACGGAGGUUUCGUCGGAAAAUUCCUACAGAAGUCUGUUGGACGGUACCCGGAACAGACUUGCUCACGUACGUGGAUACGUGGAUACAGCACAAGCGAUGUAAAGCGUUGGUCCCAGAGAGAUCCGCACGAUAGUGAUGGCACCUAUUAGCCCAAAUGGUCCCUCAUUCCAACGCACACAGGCUUCAGCGGGAAACCACCAUCAGCUUCAGUUGCACCAAUAGCAGCAACAGGUAUAGCUGGUCAUUCUAAUGUGGUUCCUCGGUUGUCAUCUGCUGGUACAAAUGGUCAUUCAGGUCUGCUCAGUUAUGAAAAUUACGGUGGUGGUGACAUAAUAGGUUCGCUUGAGGAGGAGUUCAAGAAAGGCAUCGCGCUGCAAGAUCUGCUCGAGCGGAAGAAGCUGUCGAAUAAGGUCGACAUUCCUCCAGGAGAUUUUAAGAAAUACACCGUGCAUGAAUAUUCGAAUCGAAAUAAUGGGAUGUUGUACGAACUACAAUACAUUCACUGGCGUUUCUUCAUUAUCCAACAAACAUGAAAUUAUUUUUCGCGAGGAGUGCUGAAAUUCAUGAGCUUAGUUGGAUCUGGUUCUAUUGUUCGUUCAGUUUUCUCUUAAUGAGUUGAUUUAUUAAUAAACUUUUUUAGAAAAAUGUGUAACAUCUCGGUUUUCCGGCAUUUUGUGUCAGAAAAACACUGGAUAUCCUAAUGAGUCCUUGUUAGGUCUUACAAUCUUGAUCAUUGUUCGUGCUCUGUUAGCAAUAAAUCGAAGCUGUUUUUUUUUCCUUUUUCUAAAGCGGUUUUUAGUUCAUUCGUUCCACUGAACGCCGUCAACAAAAUAGAGAAGUACAACAAUAGAUUUUGCCGUCGCGCUAUAGUGUUUACCUUGUAGCGCGUGGCUUUGUAUCGCUCUCUGAAUAAAGGGGUUCAUAGUUGUUCGGACACUUAAAAUUAAUUUUUUUUGAAGUUUUUUUUUUUGGAAAAUAAUUUUAGUCUUGAAGUAUUUUUUUAGUUUACAUUAAUUUUAUGCCUAAGUUAGUUGUUGCGGAGAGUAAUAACGAAUCCGCAAUGCCCUCGGCAGUAUGAAAUAUUGUUUUUCGACGAGAUUGUACUUUCCGGUGCUUAGAGAAAACAAUAAAAGGUAGGAUCGAUAGUGGAAGCUGCAGAAAGAGUUUGUGAGGAUUAUAUAAUUCAUAGUAGACGAAGAAAAGUGUAUUUGUUUCAAUAUUUAUUGAUUUUGCACGGAAAGUACAGUCUCAAAGUAUGAUCAUAUACUUCAAACGUAUGUUGCAUAAAAACUAAAUUUAUUAUUAUUUAGAUAAGGGCCUCUAAGGCGCCUAUUAAGCAAAGUAGACGUAACUUGGAGAGGUUAGGAACCAAUGUGAGUAGACAUGAAAUUGCUUGUAAUGAAAUCCUGAAUAAAUUGUUAUAUUAGCUUUUAGCUACAUUAGCCAAAAUACAGGCUUUGCUCAAAAGGAUUCCGAAGUCCUCCAUCCGGCAACAAUCUAAAAGAUUGGUCGCACUAUGUCACAAAAAGCACACAACUCAUCUACGAUGAACAAUUGCAAAGCGUGCGAACGACCUGAUGACGAACGAAUGGUCCAGUGUCGACAAUGCACUUCGUGGUGGCAUCAUACUUGCACGGGAAUCGACGUAAGCGGAGACGAGAAAGAUUUUUAUUGCUCGCAGUGCACUCGAAGUCCUCCGUCGGGUGCUGUAAUAGUAGACAAAGCUGCUAGUAUCGCAGGAAAUUCUUCAACCUCAAGUCAUAGAGCGAGGGCUCGCCUUACCCUCCAAAAACUCGAGGCACAGAAGGUUCUAAUGGAAAAGCAGUUAGAACUUGACCGUCGAGAUCAGGAAAGAAAGCGUGAGCAGGAGAAGAUCCAGAAAGAUGCGGAGUUCGAGCGAAAGAAGCUGCAACUAGAACAGGAGUUCACGGACCUGAAGUUUCGUCUGCUAGAGGACGAGCUAGAGGAAAACGAUAUCGACAGAAGAAGUAUGAAAUCACGACAGGGCAACAUCGAUCGUGUUCAGCAAUGGAGAGGACAACAUCCGUUAUACACAGCUACCAGUCCAGAUGAUCAACUUCCACGUGACGUCACGGAAGUCGGUGCAGAAUCUGUGCCUGUAAGGGAGGUAACGCAAGUAACAUCCGCAAUAUCGAAUGGCGGAGCGGAAAACCAAAUAGAUGGAAUUGUUGACACCAGUGAGACACGAAGGAGCGAGACAAUGAACGUUGGUAAUAUUUCGGAUGAGAAUGCUCGAUGCUCUAUGCCCGCAAUACGGGCUCGCAGUGCGCAAUUUCACAUCCCGGUCUCAAGCGAACAUCAGAGGCAGACAGCAGCUUCUAAUUCAUCUCAAUUUGUAGUAGGACACGCAGCAGGGGAAUUUUUCCACGAAGGUGGACUCCUGAGUAGCAGGAUGACCCAUGCGACCAUCAACGCUACGCAGAAUUUUGAAUCGGAAAUACCGAGAUCGUCUAGAGAGAUACGAAAUACACCUUUAGAUCAGAAUAGGAGGGAAAUCAACAAUCGCUUCGAUCGACGGGCUGAAGCCGUUAACGACAUGCCAUUGACGUCACAUCAGCUAGCAGCGCGCCAGGUGAUGCCCAGAGAAUUACCCGUAUUCACGGGUAAUCCUGAAGACUGGCCGUGCGUAUCGAAAUUCGACCAGUGGCCGUACAAAAUCUGCAUGAUCAUUUAGAGAUGGCAGGACAGGUUGCACAUCUCAAUAAUCCAACGUUUUUAUUCGAGCUAGUCGAAAAGCUCCCUGCUAACCUGAAACUAGAUUGGGCUCUUUAUAAACAACGACAUCAUGGAUCAAAUUUAACAACCUUUGCUCAUUAUAUGUCGACGAUGGUUUCAGCAGCAUCGGAAGUAACUUUAAACUUCGAUUCCAGACAGUCGAGCCGUAGUGGGAAAAUGGAAGCUAGAAAUUUUUUCGGAGCUCAUUCCACCAAUGAAACCAGUGAAGACAAAUCAAAAGAAGUUCCCUCGUAUGCUUUUUCCGAGAGCAAUACCGAUGUUUCUUUAACUCGGAGGGGCAUUCCCUCAUGCCUGGUUUGCAAGAACCCUGACCACAGAGUAAAAGACUGCAACAUAUUCGCAAAAAUGAGUUUAGACGAACGAUGGAAAGCAGUAACAAAUUAUGAACUCUGUAAAAGUUGUCUCGGUAUGCAUGGAAGACGUCCAUGCAAACAGAAACGGGUAUGUGGAGUAGAGGGUUGCCAAUUUAAACAUCACCUUCUCCUACACAACAAACGUACAAGAGUAGAGGCGAAUGAACUGAAAAGUUUAAACCCUCUUAAAACCAAAAAGAAGAAGAAGAAACGUACAAGAGUAGAAGCUCAACGUAAUGCUUCUCAGUCGGAAGGAGUGAUUGGCCAUCACUAUGCUGAAAGUGCAACGCUUUUUAAAAUCGUUCCCGUUGUUCUCCACAAAAACAAUCGCUCAAUAACAAUUUUCGCCUUUUUAGAUGAUGGGUCAUCCAUGACGUUAGUCGAUCGAGAAGUUGCAGAUAUGUUAGAUAUAAAAGGAGAAUCGGCCCCACUUUGUUUACAGUGGACUGCCAACGUCACCCGUACUGAACCAAAUUCCACACGUAUUGCACUGAAUAUUUCCGGAGUCAAAGGAAAAAAAUAUAAAUUGUCUGAUGUUCGUACUGUUAAUAAACUAAAUCUUCCUAAACAAUUGCUUCGUUAUGGUGAGCUUGCUACGCUGUACCCACAUUUGCGAGGAUUGCCUGUCAGCGAUUAUGAGGAAGCAGUUCCACAAAUACUUAUCGGUAAUGAUUAUUCGCAUUUAGGAGCGGCUCUCAAAAUACAUGAAGGAGCCCUCCAGGAGCCAAUCGCCGUGAAAACAAGGUUGGGUUGGACUGUAUAUGAAGUCACUCAACAGCAGCGCUCUAGACAGGCCCAAAUUUUCCAUAUUUGCGAGUGUGUGGCCUAUCAAGCUCUACAGGAUCAAAUGAAGCAACAUUUUUCCAUCGAGAGCUUGGGCGUCAUGGCAAUAGAAUGCCCACAGAGUGAGGAAGAUAAGCGCGCAAAUGAUAUUUUGCGAAAAACGACCAAACGAAUCGGCGAACGUUUUGAGACCGGCCUGCUAUGGAAAUCCGACGACUUCGUAUUCCCAGAUAGCUUCGCCAUGGCCGAAAGGCGACUUAUAUGUCUUGAGAGACGAAUGAAACGUGAUAAAAAUAUAGAAUCCAGUGUUAGGAGGCAGAUGCGUGAGUACGAAGAGAAGGGUUAUAUACAUAAAGCCACCCUGCAGGAGCUCAGAGAAGCUGAUUCCCGUCGCACGUGGUAUCUACCCCUCGGAGUAGUUUUAAAUCCGAAGAAGCCGGCCAAAAUACGUAUAUUUUGUGACGCGGCGGCUAAAGUUGACGGAAAAUCUUUAAACUCAAUGCUCUUAAAAGGGCCAGAUUUUCUUAGUUCACUUCUUUCGAUACUAUUUGGCUUUCGCGAACGGAAAAUCGCAAUAUGUGCGGAAAUUCAAGAAAUGUAUCACCAGAUAAAAAUUAGAAAGGAAGAUUGCAACGCCCAAAGAAUACUAUGGCGAGAAAAGCCUUCAUUAGAACCCGUGAUUUAUAUAAUGAAUGUAGCGACAUUCGGGUCCACCUGUUCUCCAUCAUCCGCCCAAUAUGUUAUGAAUCUCAACGCGAAGGAGCAUAGUACCGAAUAUCCGGAGGCGGCGGAAGCAAUUUUAAUGAGACACUACGUCGAUGAUUAUCUCGACAGCAAAGACAGUGAAUCGGAGGCUAUAAAAUUGGCAAAAGAUGUGAAGCUUGUACAUUCACACACGGGGUUUCAUCUGAGGAACUGGCUUUCGAACUCUUCGAGGUUUAUUGAGCAGAUUGGAGAGACCGCAACAAUGUCAGAGAAACGCUUGACUCUUCUAAAAGCUGAAUCUAUAGAACGUGUUCUUGGAAUGGCGUGGCGUCCGAAUGUAGAUGUCUUUAUUUUCUCAGCUACGCUGGCGAUGCAUGUAGAGCAUCCCACUAAACGCCAGGUCCUACGUGCGGUAAUGAGUUUGUUUGAUCCUCUAGGAUUGCUAUCUUUUUUCCUAGUUCAAGGCAAGGUCUUGGUUCAAGAUGUUCAAGAUCUUUGGAGAUCGAAUAUCGAAUGGGACCAAUUGAUACCCGCGAAACUACAUGAAAAAUGGUCGCAAUGGACAAGCAAGUUUAACCAACUGAAUAUGGUUUCUAUUCAUCGUCAAUAUUUUUCUGGUUACCAUACAAGUGAGCUUGAAUCGAUGGAAUUGCACAUUUUCGUGGACGCCAGCGAAUCAGCAUACGCAUGCGUCGCAUAUUUUCGUGCCAAAUGUGCAGGAAGGAUUAAAUGUGCCCUGGUAGUUGCGAAAUCGAAGGUCGCUCCUUUGAAGUGCAUUUCUAUCCCUAGACUCGAAUUGCAAGCUGCCAUUAUUGGGGUUCGACUUCAGAAAACUAUUCUUGCAUCACAUAGCUUACCCAUACACAAACGGGUAUUCUGGAGCGAUUCGAAAACGGUCUUGGCAUGGAUCAACUCUGAUCAUAGACGAUACCGACAAUUCGUCGCUUGUCGAGUCGGGGAAAUUCUGACUAAAUCUAAUGCGGAGGACUGGCGCUGGGUGCCGACGAAGGAGAAUGUGGCGGAUGAGGCCACGAAAUGGAAAGCAGACAUCGACUUCUCACCGGAAAACCGUUGGUUUAAAGGGCCUAAGUUCUUACAUGAAUCAGAGGAAAAGUGGCCUGUAAAUAAUAAAUGUCAAACGACUACGAAUGAAGAAAUUAAAACCUGUAACUUUCAUCAAAGUAAAACAUGUAAUCCUCCAAUAAAAUGGGAGCGUUUUUCCAAAUGGACUAGAUUGCGGAGAACCGUUGCGUAUAUCGUUCGGUACGUGGAAAACCUGCGAAGAAAAGUGACCCAGAGUGCAAUGUUGAACGGGCCAUUACUUCAAGGUGAGCUGACAAAAGCGGAAAACCAUAUUUGGAAAUGGGUCCAAGGAGAAGCGUAUGCAGAAGACAUAAGAAGAAUCAGUACCAGUGAAUCAAACCAACUGUACUGUACUGGAAGGUAACAGCAAACUCCGAAAACUUUCACCGUUUAUAGAUGAAGAAGGCGUAGUACGUUGUGAAAGCCGUUUAAUAGCAGCUAAUUUCGUUUCUUUCGAUACGAAGCAUCCAAUUAUUCUACCAAGAGAGCAUUGUGCAACCCGCUUACUUAUCGAUUUUUAUCACAUAAAAUACUUACAUCGAAAUAAUGAAACGAUUGUGAAUGAAAUUAGGCAAAAAUUUCACAUAUCUAAUCUUCGUGUGCUCGUACGACAGACUGCAAAAAGAUGUCCCCUCUGUAAGAUUAGACGAGCUGAGCCGAUGAUACCUCGAAUGGCUCCACUUCCGAUGGCACGGCUGAAAGUUUUCGAACGUCCAUUUUCGUGUGUUGGAGUAGAUUUUUUUGGACCGCUAUCAAUACGCGUUGGUCGCUGCUGUGUGAAAAGGUGGGUGGCACUGUUCACCUGCCUAACAGUCAGAGCCGUCCAUCUAGAAGUCGUGCACUCUCUAUCAACUGAAUCGUGUAAGAUGGCGUUCCGACGUUUCAUAGCACGUAGAGGAGCACCUUCUGAAAUAUACAGCGAUAACGGCACGAAUUUCGUAGGUCUCAGCAACGAGCUAAAAAGAGAAAUUAUGACUCGGAACCAACAGUUAGCUGAAACUUUCACAAAUUGUCAUACCCGCCUGCUGCACCACAUAUGGGCGGAGCGUGGGAGAGACUCGUAAGGUCGAUUAAAAUAGCCUUGUUUUCAACGUAUACAACACGGAAUCCGGAUGAAGAGACGUUCGCUACGCUAUUAAUGGAAGCAGAAAGCGUAGUCAAUUCUAGGCCAUUGACGUUUGUUUCUUUAGAAACUGAACAUCAGGAGGCUCUUACACCAAACCACUUUUUACUCCUCAGCUCUAGUGGUGUGGUCCAACCACCGAAAACGUUACUGGAAUUGAAUUCAGCUACUAGGAGACAAUGGAAUCUUUGUCGUGUUAUGAUAGAUCAGUUCUGGCGUCGAUGGAUACGUGAAUAUCUCCCAAUCAUCGCACGUCGUAACAAAUGGUUCGGUGAAGUAGUCCCAAUAAAGCCUGGGGACCUGGUCAUCGUGGUGGAGGAAUCCAAACGUAAUGGCUGGAUCAGAGGCCGAGUAGCGGAAAUAGUGAAAGGAAAAGAUGGACGGAUUCGUCAAGCCGUGGUGUGGACGUCCAGUGGAUACAUACGUCGACCAGUUACUAAAAUUGCAAAAUUAAAUGUAGAAGAUAGUAAGAUCGGAAGUGACUCUGAUAACCGAUCUUACGGGCCGGGGAAUGUUGCGGAGAGUAAUAACGAAUCCGCAAUGCCCUCGGCAGUAUGAAAUAUUGUUUUUCGACGAGAUUGUACUUUCCGGUGCUUAGAGAAAACAAUAAAAGAUAGGAUCGAUAGUGGAAGCUGCAGAAAGAGUUUGUGAGGAUUAUAUAAUUCAUAGUAGACGAAGAAAAGUGUAUUUGUUUCAAUAUUUAUUGAUUUUGCACGGAAAGUACAGUCUCAAAGUAUGAUCAUAUACUUCAAACGUAUGUUGCAUAAAAACUAAAUUUAUUAUUAUUUAGAUAAGGGCCUCUAAGGCGCCUAUUAAGCAAAGUAGUCGUAACUUGGAGAGGUUAGGAACCAAUGUGAGUAGACAUGAAAUUGCUUGUAAUGAA